UUUCUGAUUAAGCUACCUUCGUCUCCUCCACUGCGCGAUCUGUGACUCCCUGAGAGAUCUCCUCUAGAGCAAGACUUCGUUUGUUCAAUUUAGCAACUCACACUGAGCAAAGCUCACAAAGCUCACACCAUGAUCUCCAGCAGAGUAUUAAAUUCGCCUGCUCCCAAGGUCCGUGGCGUACCAUCCUCAGCUCCUGUACCGGCCACGAGAGCCAUAGUGACCAAUGCUGUCGCCACUGGUUCUGCUUCCGAAGAUGACAUGUAUACAAAUUCCGAUGACUUCUCUCUUGCGAACAGUAGAGUGUCUAGUAACGUCGCUCGUAGUCACGGAAGAAACUUGUCUUAUUAUACUUGCUCCGAGGAGCUUGAUGCUGACAAAUUUUACACAAGAGUUAUCCCUCCAUUUUCCGGGGCAGCAGAGGAAUCUGGAGAAAUUAAACCAGCAAGGUCAGGUGUUCAAGUUUCACAAGGCAAGAAGACAGACGAUUGUGUAGAAAGUAAAAAGACUGGACAUUCUACUAGACUUAGUGCUGUUUCUGAGUCAUUUGUGCCAUCUGAUCAAGAUCUCGUUCGGAUGCCAACUUUUCAUGCAAGUGCUCGUGGCACAUGGCUUGCAGUGGUUUCCUAUGAUGCAUGUGUGCGACUUUGCCUUCAUGCUUGGGCAAAGGGUUGCAUGGAGGCUCCCAUGUUUCUGGAAAACGAAUGUGCUCUUUUACGAGAAGCAUUCGGGGUGACGCAACUCCUUUUGCGAUCGGAGGAGGAAAUGCUGGUGAAUCAAUCUUCACAAGCUCCGCACGAGGGAGUUGCACCAAAACCCAAGAUAAACACUGGCAAAAUGAUGGUUCAAGUACGACGUGUUAAAACAGUUUUGGAUGCUCCAACGGGUUUAAAGCCAUCGCUGAAAAAGUUUGAGAAAUCCCGGGGCUACUUUAAGCCAUCGCUGAAAAAGUUUGAGAAAUCCCGGGGCUACUUUUCCAAUAUCUCAACACGUAUCUCUUCUGGAUGGCGAACUCUAAGGAAGAACUAUCCUUGUGUACCUGCAAAUGGUUCUUCUCUUUCACGUCAAAGCCCGGGACAUGUACAUGCCAGACCAGAGUGCUUGAAGCAAGUUUCUUGUCCCCUGAAAGUUGGUGUCACAAGUCCACUUAAUAGUUCAACGUCUUAUGAUGAUGCUCAAGAGACAUACACGUGUAGGUUAAGUUUGAAAAGCUUAACUGAAGAUGACCCCAUUGUCAUGCAACCUGGAUCCGAUGAAGGGCAUGUCUUCUUUCCUGAUAGUCAUGGAGAUGAUCUGAUUGUUGAAAUACUUGAAUCAAACGGGAAGGAAUUUGGGCGUGCGCUUGUCCAGCUAACCAAUUUUUCUGAAGAUACCGAUGAGAAACUUCUCUGGUGGUCUGUAUUUCGUGAGCCAGGACAUCAACUUGUGGGAAAACUCCAGCUCUAUAUUGACUAUACAGCAAGUUCUGAUGAUAAUAGUCAUUUGAAGGGUGGUUCUGUUGCGGAAACAGACGCAUAUGACCUAGUCCUGGAAGUGGCCUUGAAAAUGCAGUGGUUCCAGCAAAGAAACUUGUUGUUGUAUGGUUCAUGGAAAUGGCUUUUGGAAGAAUUUUCCUCCUACUAUGGGAUUUCAGAUGUCUACACCAAGCUCAGAUACUUGACCUAUGUGAUGGAUGUCGCUACACCGACCUCAGACUGUCUCCAUUUGGUGCAUGACUUGCUAACACCUAUCAUCAUGAAAGGAAAUGACAAGGCCGCCUUGAGUCAUCAAGAGAAUCGGAUCCUAAAUGAAAUCAAGGACCAAACCGAGCAGAUCCUGAAGCUGGUCUUCGAGAACUACAAAUCUCUUGAUGAGUCUUCUUUCUCUGGACUGAAAGCUGUAGUCAGUUCUGCAACAGGAGUUCCAGCGCCAGCUCUCGCUCCUGCUGUUAAACUGUACAUGCUUCUCCAUGAUGUUUUGUGUCCAGAGGAUCAGACUAAUCUUUGUCAUUACUUCCAACUAGCAGCAAAGAAGAGGUCUAGAAUGCACAUCGGUGAGACAGAUGAGUUUGUUAGAAACAACAAUGAUCCCAAUUUUUGGGAUGCUUCUUCAACGGCUGCUUACCAUAAAAUGACAAUGGUCUGCAAGAAUGUAAAGAAUGAGAUUUAUACUGAUAUUGAGAUCCAAAAUCAAAAUAUACUUCCCAGCUUUAUUGACCUUUCAAACCUGUCAGCAUCCAUAUAUAGCACUGAUCUCUGCAACAGACUUCGAACCUUCCUUGUUGCUUGUCCACCGUCUGGUCCAUCACCAGCAGUUCAACAGCUUGUGAUUGCAACUGAAGACUUUCAACGUGAUCUUUCCAGCUGGAACAUCUGUCCUAUCCAAGCUGGUGUUGAUGCAAAAGAAUUGUUCCACCUAUAUAUUAUGAUUUGGAUUCAAAAUAGACGCCUUUCCUUACUUGAAUCAUGCAAACUUGAUAAGGUAAAAUGGUGCGGAGUGGGGACACAACAUUCAGCAACCCCAUUUGUUGUUGAAAUGUACACCAGGCUGAACGAAACCAUUCAAGACUAUCAAGCUAUCAUUUCUAGAUGGCCGGAAUUUAUCUACGUUCUGGAGAGUGCCAUAGCUGAUGUUGAAAAAGCAAUUGUGGAAGCUCUGGAGAAGCGGUAUGCAGAUGUCUUAUCCCCUCUAAAAGAAAAUUCAGCUCCAAAAAAGCUAUUCAAGCAUGUCAAAUACCUAACCAAAAGAUCUGCGGUUUCAUAUGUAGUUCCGGAUGAGCUGGGCAUUCUACUAAACUCUGUGAAGAGAAUGCUUGAUGUUUUAAGGCCUGAUAUAGAGGCUCAAUUUCAAGCAUGGUCUUCAUGCGUUCCUGAUGGUAGGAACUCAGCUCCUGGGGAUCGUCUUUCUGAGGUAACGGUGAUGCUCAGAGCCAAGUUUCGAAGUUACCUUCAAGCUAUAGUCGAAAAACUCGUAGAAAAUAGCAAACUACAAAAGGAGACAAUGUUGAAGAAGAUUCUUCAGUACUCUAAAGAAAGUGUUGGAGAAUCAGACAUGAGAAGAAAAAUGCAAAACCUGAAGGAGCAGCUCACCAACACAGUGAAUCAUCUACAUUUCGUUUGUUCAACGGAUGUGUUCAUCGCAUUGUCCCGAGGAUACUGGGAUCAUAUGGGAUGGAUUGUUCUAAGCUUUUUGGAGAACAAAAAAGAGAAGAGAGAUUGGUACAAGGGUUCUAGAGUUGCUGUCUCUAUACUAGACGAUACAUUUGCAGCAGAGAUGCAAAAGCUACUAGGAGAUUCGUUGAGAGAGCAAGACUUGAAGCCUCCAAGAUCGAUUGUGGAGGUUCGCUCGAUUCUUUGCAAGGACACUACAGUUAAUGAAGGCAAGUCUUUCUAAAGAUGAUCAAGGACACUACAGUUAGUAAAUGAAUCUUCGAGAUUGAUUCUUAGCUUUUAAGGAUCAGAUCUCAUUUGCUCAUGUCACAAUUUACUUUAGCACUAAAAUGUCAAAUAUAUUACAAGACUGACUGGGUAUUAUGUCCUCCUAUACGCGUUGUGAUGAGAGUUGACAGCACGGUGAAGUUGAAAUACAAAAACUCUCUUUUACCAAAGUUGUCUAAAUUCAUGGAGAAAUAAUAAGUCUGAUUUUAUAUAAUCACAAAAAAAAGGAUCAAACAAAAAUAAAAAGUAAAGAGCUCAGUCAAAUGGCAUUUCAUCUGGAGAGGAAUGCGAUGGAACCAACCACCGCUAAUGCCAAAUAUCAUCACAGCUCUUUGUUGCACCAGCCGGGAAUUGAACACGGGUCUGUACCGUGGCAGGGUACUA